UCCUCACACUGCGCUCACAGCUCAACGGUCCUCCGACUCACUGCUAGCACAGCGCCUUCAACCUGCCUGCCUGCCGAACUAGCGGGCUUGUAGGAGCACAAAGAACCCUGAGUGAAGAGAGAAAGUCGACAUUUCUUUACUCGGUGAAAGGAUAUCGACAUUAUUAGUGCGUUUUGAACUGCGUUGUGAAGAGAAGCCAGGCGGCUAACGUUAACGUUAGUUUUGAGGAGGUCUUCCUUCAACAGCUACUGGGAUGAAUCGCUGCACAGCCGCGUUACUUUUGUUGGUCAUUGCUAUAUAUUCGCUGAACACAGAAGCGUACAAGUGCAGAUGCACAAGGAAAGGCCCAAAGAUACGGUACAAGGAUGUGCAGAAGCUUGAGAUUAAGCCUAAACAUCCAUUCUGCCAAGAGAAAAUGAUAUUCGUCACCAUGGAAAAUGUGUCCCGUUUCAAAGGUCAGGAAUAUUGCCUGCAUCCUAGACUGCAGAGCACUAAAAACCUGGUCAAGUGGUUCAGAAUCUGGAAGGACAAGCACAGGGUGUAUGAGGCCUAAAAUGACAUAGUGUGAGGAGCUAGAGGCUGAAACUCUGUGGAAUGUACAACACCACCAGUGGAACUGUGGAUCGGCAGAGGACCAGUUUUCAGAGAAUUACGAGGCAUUUGCUCAGACAAGCUUAAGAAGCACAAGAGACCUUUUCUUCAGGAACAAUGUCUUGAAAGACAUCUGUACAAAAUAUCAUUGCUUAUAUUUCAAACAUAAUUGUGGUCCAAAACAAGCACUAUGUAUUUAUACCAAGUGUUAGACUUGCAAACAAGACAGCAUAAGAAAGUCUGUGUGAAUCAGAUUUAGAUGCGAGAGUGAUCGCUGCAUUUUCAGAUGGGAAAUGUUAUCCUGAUGUGUCUGUCUGUUCCUGGUCUGACUCAUUGUAUUGUGGUAUGUAAAAGGAUUUUACCACACGUUAUUUUACUACCAGAGAGAUGCUGUUGUAUUGUAGAGUGCUGUCCACAUGGUUCAAACAACAUAAAGAAACUGAUCGAAAGUUAUUUUUCCAUACAUCAAUACGGAUCACACCUUUUGACAUCUGAGUGAAGCUACUUUUAAUAUGGGGUGAUAGAAAACACAAAGGUAACUGAAAGAUUCUGAGGUAACUUGUGUAAAUAAUUAUUGUAAGGGUUUAUUAUGUGCCAACAUACUGCUGGUAAAAGGAGUGAAAAGCUGAUUUCGGUACUUUAAUUUUGUUUUGCUAAGAGCAAAUCCAUCAAGACAGAUAUAUUAACCCUCUCAGUUAUCCACAUUAUUUUAUUGCAUUGAUCUGUGAUCUCUUGAUCUUCUCUUGAUGAACGUAAGUAUCAAUGUUAUUCCAUGCAGUUAUGCACACUUGAGUGUCACGUAACAUCCCAGAUGGUUAAAUUACAGUAUCUGAUGCAACAUGUGUUGAUGCUGCUCAAGUUAUUCCUAGAAACACUAUGGUUUACUCCUAUGUGCACAGGUUCUGAAAUAAGAGCACAUAAACUUAGAGGCCUACAGUAAAUCUGUUUGUUUACCUUGAAACUUUGUUUUAAAUAAUAGCCCUUCCAUCACCACACCAUCAUUACUCUUCUAUGGAGUAAUAUUUUUCUGUUAUUUUGUCAUAUUUGAAAUAUAAAGGAAUGUUAUUUUUCCAACUUUUUUUCCGUCAUGUAAACUGUAUGCGUAAGUCUGUGGUUCUCAACUCUGGUCCUAGAGGUCCUAAUGUUUUCCCUAGUCCCAAUAGGUGAUCCAACUCCCUCCCUAGGCUGAACUGGGUGAGUUAGAACAGAAAAACGCUAAUGCUGUGCAGGGUAGAGGUUCUCCAGGUCCAGGGUUGGAAAACUGGUGUGAGCAUACAAUUAAGUAUCUUGUAAAUACAGAACAUUUUUGCCUAGAUGAGUUCAUUUAGAAUUUCAUAGUGGAGCUAUGUAUUGUAUUACAGAGUUGUUGUUUCACUAUUUAAAUAUUCAAUAACAGUAAUAUUUAAAUCUUUGUGUUUGGGUUUAUCCACCAAACACUGCUUCAGUUGCAUUCCAAGAAGUGUUAUCUACAGCAAUAAAACUAUUUAAAUGACUCUG